CUGCGGGUACCAUGGAGCCGAGCUACGGGCUCUUCGUCUGUUUUCUGCUCUGGAGCAGCUCAGAGCUGUGCUACCCCCAGCCCCUCUGGUUCUCGCAGGGUGGAACGCGCCUCCCUGUGCCUUCCGAGCAGCCCGUGAUUGUGGAGUGUCGGGAGUCCCAACUGGUGGUCACUGUCAGCAGAGACCUUUUUGGCACCGGGAAGCUCAUCAGGUCUGCUGACCUCACUCUGGGCCCUGAGGGCUGUGAGCCCCUGGUCUCCAUGGACACAGAUGACACAGUCAGGUUUGAGGUUGGGCUGCACGAGUGUGGCAACGGUGUGCAGGUGACUGAUGACGCCCUGGUAUAUAGCACCUUCCUGCUUCACAAGCCCCGCCCCGCGGGGAACCUGUCCAUCCUGAGGACGAACCGUGCUGAGGUACCCAUCGAGUGCCGCUAUCCCAGGCAGGGCAACGUGAGCAGCCAGGCGAUCCUGCCCACCUGGGAGCCCUUCAGGACCACAGUGUUCUCUGAGGAGAAGCUGGCUUUCUCCCUGCGUCUGAUGGAAGAGGACUGGGGCACUGAGAAGAGGACCCCAACCUUUUACCUGGGAGACACAGCCCAUCUCCAGGCCGAGGUUCAUACUGGCAGUCACCCGCCACUGCUACUGUUCGUGGACCACUGUGUGGCCACACUGACGCCAGACCAGAACACCGCCCCUUCCCACACCAUCGUGGACUUCCAUGGCUGUCUUGUGGAUGGCCUCUCCGAUGCUGCUUCUGCAUUCAAAGCCCCCAGGCCCAGGCCGGAUGCCCUCCAGUUCACGGUUGAUGUGUUCCACUUCGCUAAUGAUUCCAGAAACAUGAUAUAUAUCACCUGCCAUCUGAAGGUCACUCCAGUUGACCAAGCCCCGGACCAGCUCAAUAAAGCCUGUUCGUUCAAUAAAUCUUCCACUAGCUGGUCCCCGGUAGAAGGCACUGCUGACAUCUGUGAAUGUUGCAACAAGGGGGACUGUGGCAUUCCAGGCUCUACCAGGAGGUCACCCAGCGUCGUGGGCCGGUGGCUCAAAUCUCCUCCCCGCAACCGCAGGCACGUGACAGAAGAAGCAGAUGUCACCGUGGGACCCCUGAUCUUCUUGGGAAAGGCUGGUGCCCACAGUGCAGAGGUGCGACCAUUUUCAGCACACACCUACCUGGUGGUGGGUUCAGGCCUGGCUAUGGUAGCCAUCCUGUCCCUGGCCAUGGUUGUCCUGAGUCUCUCCAGGAAACGUCACACUUCUCGCCCUGUGUCUGCUUCUCAAUAAAAGAAG